AUGUCUUUCAGCGUCAACCCCGAUUAUAUGCACCUAAAUCUGUCUUAUUUGAACCUCAACCUCCGCUUCCAGGAGAUCUACCUCUUCAUUUACGGCGGCUGUCCGGUCGAAGUCGGACACUAUCUGUUCGCUCCCCCCUUUACCAGGGGGAGCUUUCAUAUGCAUAGACUGGCCUUCAUGGUUGACUGUACUCGUUUCAUCGACGAAAUCUCCGCUGCUACUGGAACUGGCGAGAUGGAUUUAGAUGAGAUCGACCAGUUCAAUGAGUGGAUUAUGAGUCUCGCGGAGAGCGUUCAUACUUUGAAUAGGGUGAUGCAGAGUACUAGGAGGCUUGGAAGACUUAGCGGAUUCUUUUAG